AUGCAAGAGCUGAGGCUGGAAGAUGAGGGAGCCUUCUUCCACUACCUGUGUAUGGAGCCUGACUUGUUUGAUGUGCUUUUGCAAAGGGUUGGACCUCGGAUCACUAAAGCUAAUACCAACUGGAGAGAAAGUCUUCAACCAGGGUUAAAGUUGGCUGUGACCCUCAGGUACCUUGCUACAGGUGAAAAGUAUCCUGCCCUCCAGUACUCGUAUCGUGUGUCACAUUCCACCAUAUCACUGUUUGUGCCAGAAGUGUGCCAAGCUAUCCGAGAUGAGUUCAAGGAUGAAGUCAUGAAAUGCCCUAAUUCACCUCAAGAGUGGCAGCCUAUUGCAGAUGAAUUCAAGACCAGAUGGAAUGUGCCUCACGCAUGUGGUGCUUUGGAUGGAAAGCAUGUGGCUGUCAGAUGCCCUCCUAACUCAGGCAGCCAAUAUCAUAGUUACAAUGGAUCUUUCUCAGUGGUGCUGCUCGCCUUAGUAGAUGCUAAUUACUUGUUUUUAUGGACGGAUGUGGGUGGCUUUGGUGCAAUGUCAGACUCACAGAUCUUCAAUGAAUCUGAGCUCAAGCAGUGCCUUGUUGAUGGAACCAUAAACUUCCCAGAUCCCAACUCGCUGCCCAAUGAUGACGGUGACACCCCCUAUUUCAUCCUCGCAGAUGAUGCAUUUGCACCCAGGACCCACCUGAUGAAGCCCUACUCUAUGAAAGGACUCACCAGAAAGGAGCGCAUAUACAACUACUGUAUCUCGCGUGGACGUCGGGUGGUUGAAAAUGCCUUUGGUAUCCUUGCCCAGAGUUUUCAAGUCCUACUAACAACCAUGCAACGAUGCCCUGAAGUGGUUCAAGAUGUGACUGAAGCCUGCAUAUGUUUACACAACCUGAUGCGAGUCAGAUACCCUACUUUACAGAACGCUAUACUGGACCAGGAGGAUGCUAACCACAAUCUGACACCAGUAGAAUGGCGACAGACAGCCAACAUGCAUGAGGUGCAGCAGGUGGUGGUGCCCAACAGAGACACCAGAGCAGGGAAGACCCAACGCGAAUACCUAACGUUGUAUUUCAACAGUGCAGCAGGAUCUGUGCCUUGGCAAGAUAGGAUGGUCUGA